CUCCUUCAUGUUAUUGAAGCUCGCCUUCUGUUCAAACAUGCCAAGCUACGAGAGUUCUGAUACUAUACUCCUCGUUCCUUCCGAACGAUCGAGCCGAUUCACGAUGGAUCUCGUUUUCAGUGGACGUCAGUGCUGAGUGCUAUCUAUCACCUGCAAUGGGAUUUGCAUACCAUCGUUCUUGUGUUGUCUGUGUCUCAGAUUAGGGACUUGAAUAUCUCGAGGUGAUGGCUACUGCGGAGGUCAAUGUUCAGGAGCUUUUGUUCACGCAAGAUUCCAUCAGUUGUCAUUUCAGAAAGCCUCGAGAAGGUCAACGGAUUGAUGACACUGUGGAAUCGAUCUUGCAAGGGGUGAUCAAAGUUACAGAUUUCCCCGCCCUCAACGUUGUGAAACAUGAAGGACGCCUGUGGUCGCUGGACAACAGACGGCUCUGGAUUUUCAAGAAGGCCAGGAUCUCGACUGUGACUGUAAAAAUUGUUCCUUACCAUUGGCAUCCUCGAUUUGCAGAAUCUAUCAACAAUUUGGAGCUGAAGGCCGUGCUGGAGAAGAAUUCAUUCUGGCCCAGAGUACGAGGCAGAUGUCGGAAGACAUUUAAGAAUCGAGCACGAGAUCAGCCUCGUCAAGGAAUCCCACAUUCAUCCGCAGCAACUGAUCAGUCACUGAUCGAACAACUGAUCGCAAGGACAGCCCAUUCGUCUUCGACUUUGCCCCCGCGUCCAUCUUUUACUCGUCCUGUAGUGGAAGGACGAGUAAAAGUUCUUCCUUAUUCACCGAUUCCUUCUUCACCGUCACAGUCUCUAUCCGCUCCACUGAUCUGCAGAUCUGACCACGUCGUCAACAUUCCUCCACCUUCCUACAGUGAGGGGAAUGGGAAUGGGUGUGUCUUCAGAAGAGUGUGGCAAUCCAUUUUGAUAGCCUUGGGUUUGGUUCUGUUCGUGUACUGUGUGAAAUAUUUUUCCAAGCCUUGAUUCGGACUCACUCGUCUCUCCAUUUCGAACAGAUCUUAGUGGUUCAUUCAUAUAGAACUCCUGAAGCUUCUAUUGGCAUGUAUUAGGACAUUAGCAAUUUCUGUCCUGCUGAGUGAAAUACCCCCGCGGGGAUUCAUAUCUUCAUCGUUGUUCGGAAUUUCAAUAGUGUAAUAUUUAAUCGUAUGGAACAUUUGGCUGAUUCAAAUGUUGGCAAUAUGGUGAAAGCUCCUGCUAUGAAACAAGCUAGCACGUGAAAAAACAUAUGAUCGUGCUUGCUUUUGACGCGGCAAAUACUCGUCUGGUAUCUGAUAUUGUCAGAAGGAAAGGUCUGACCAGAGAGCUUCACUUCUAAUUAUCGUUAUGUUCGACUUGCGAAGGAUAGAAUACAGACAUUUCAUGAUUGACAUUAUGUGACGUCCAUUGAGCAUCCCUUAAGAUACGUGCUUUACUAGCGGAAUUGAUACAAACUCUAUGUCUCAACAGCUGAAGAAUCACUAAUCAUUGAAUUGCCAGCUACAGGAACUAUCACGUUAGACACAAAUACAUGAGGUUUCUUGAGGUGUCUAGGGGCCUGUUAUUCCCUGUUUUCAGGGAAAUCCAUCUAGCGCGUAGAGUUUGACGCUUUUAGAAUUCUAGCGUAAGAACACUAGAAUUCUAGCGAAUUCUAGUGUUCGAUCAGAAUCUGAAAA